UGUAGAGGCUGAAAUGAGCCUAACUGGAAAAAACUGGCAAAAGCAUCCCAUUGUGACUGGUCCAGAUGCUCCGUGCAUCCUUGGCAUAGACUACCUCAAGAGAGGGUAUUUCAAGGACCCAAAAGGGUAUAGGUGGGCAUUUGGUAUAGCAGCUGUGGACACUGAGAAAAUUGAACAGCUGUCUGAUUUGCCUGGUCUCUCAGAUGAUCCUUCUGUUGUAGGACUGCUGAUGGUUGACGAUCAGCAGGUGCCAAUUGCUACCACGACAGUGCAUCGCCGGCAAUAUCGCACCAACCGAGACUCUUUGAUUCCUAUCCAGAAGUUGAUCCGUCAAUUGGAAAGCCAGGGUGUGAUCAGUAAGACUCGUUCACCUUUUAACAGCCCAAUCUGGCCAGUGCGUAAGUCUAGUGACGAGUGGAGACUAACUGUAGACUAUCGUGGCCUGAAUGAAGUUACACCACCACUGAGUGCUGCUGUGCCUGACAUGCUAGAACUGCAAUUUGAACUGGAGUCAAAGGCAGCUAAGUGGUAUGCUACAAUUGACAUUGCUAAUGCAUUUUUCUCUAUUCCUGUAGCAGCAGAGUGCAGGCCGCAGUUUGCUUUCACCUGGAGAGGCAUCCAGUACACUUGGAAUCGCUUGCCCCAGGGGUGGAAACACAGUCCUACCAUCUGCCAUGGACUGAUCCAGACCACGCUGGAGCAAGGUAAAGCUCCAGAACACUUGCAAUAUAUUGAUGACAUCAUCGUAUGGGGCGACACAGCGAAAGAAGUCUUCGAGAAAGGUGAGAGAAUAAUUCAGAUUCUUUUGGAUGCUGGUUUUGCCAUAAAACGAAGUAAGGUCAAGGGACCUGCACGAGAGAUACAGUUUUUAGGAAUAAAAUGGCAAGAUGGCCGUCGUCAGAUCCCAAUGGAUGUGAUCAACAAAAUUGCAGCAAUGUCUCCACCUACUAAUAAAAAGGAGACACAGACUUUCUUGGGCAUUGUAGGUUUUUGGAGAAUGCAUAUUCCUGACUACAGCCAGAUUGUGAGCCCUCUCUAUCGAGUGACUCGUAAAAAGAACCAAUUUGAGUGGGGCCCUGAACAACGACAAGCCUUUGAACAAAUUAAGCGUGAGAUAACUCAUGCGGUGGCCCUUGGACCAGUUCGGACUGGACUAGAUGUUAAAAAUGUGCUCUACACUGCAGCCGGAGAUAAUGGACUUACCUGGAGCCUCUGGCAGAAAGCACCAGGAGAAACCCGAGGUCGACCCUUAGGUUUUUGGAGUCGAGGAUACAAAGGAUCUGAGGCCAACUAUACUCCAACUGAAAAAGAGAUACUAGCAGCAUACGAAGGAGUUCGAGCUGCUUCAGAAGUGAUCGGUACUGAAGCACAGCUCCUCCUGGCACCUCGACUGCCAGUGCUGAGUUGGAUGUUCAAAGGGACGGUUCCCUCUCCACAUCAUGCAACCGAAGUUACGUGGAGUAAAUGGAUUGCAUUGAUCACGCAACGAGCUCGAAUUGGAAAUCCCAAUCGCCCAGGGAUCUUAGAAGUGAUUACAGACUGGCCAGAAAGCAAAGACUUUGGGAUGUCUCCAGAUGAGGAGGAAGUAAAACGUGCUGAAGAAGCACCACCAAAUAAUACUCUUUCAGAGACUGAUAAGCAGUAUGCACUGUUCACAGAUGGAUCCUGUCGUCUUGUAGGAAAACAUCGAAGGUGGAAAGCUGCUGUGUGGAGUCCCACACGACAAGUUACAGAAGCCACUGAAGGACAAGGUGAAUCUAGUCAAUUUGCAGAAGUGAAAGCCAUCCAGCUGGCUUUGGACAUUGCUGAACGAGAGAAGUGGCCAAUACUUUAUCUCUAUACUGACUCAUGGAUGGUAGCAAAUGCCUUGUGGGGAUGGCUACAGCAAUGGAAGAAAAGCAAUUGGCAGCGCAGAGGUAAACCCAUUUGGGCUGCCACACUGUGGCAAGACAUUGCUGCUCGGCUAGAGAGCCUGCCUGUGAAAGUUCGGCAUGUAGAUGCUCAUGUCCCUAAAAGUCGAGCCACCGAGGAACAUCUAAACAACCAACAAGCGGACCAAGCUGCUAAGAUUAAAGUAGCUGAGGUGGACUUGGACUGGCAACAUAAAGGUGAACUUUUCCUAGCUCGGUGGGCCCAUGAUGCUUCAGGGCAUCAGGGUAGAGAUGCAACAUAUAAAUGGGCUCGCGAUCGAGGGGUGGAUUUAACUAUGGACACUAUUUCACAGGUUAUUCAUGAAUGUGAGACUUGCGCCGAAAUCAAACAAGCAAAACGGUUAAAGCCUAUAUGGUAUGGGGGGCGAUGGUUAAAGUAUAAGUAUGGAGAAGCUUGGCAGAUUGAUUAUAUUACACUUCCACAAACACGUCAAGGUAAGCGUUAUGUACUUACAAUGGUGGAAGCAACCACUGGAUGGUUGGAAACAUAUGCUGUACCUCAUGCUACAGCCCGAAAUACUAUCUUGGGCCUUGAAAAGCAAGUCCUUUGGCGACACGGUACGCCAGAAAGAAUUGAAUCAGACAAUGGUACUCAUUUCAAAAACAGUCUUAUAGACAAUUGGGCCAAAGAACAUGGUAUUGAGUGGGUAUAUCAUAUUCCAUAUCAUGCACCAGCCUCUGGGAAAAUUGAAAGGUACAAUGGUUUGCUAAAAACAACACUAAAGGCACUUGGUGGUGGAACCUUUAAAAACUGGGAUUCACAUUUAGCAAAAGCCACUUGGUUGGUCAACACCAGGGGAUCAACCAAUCGAGCCGGGCCUGCCCAAUCAGGAAUUCUACGGACUGUAGAAGGAGAUAAAGUCCCUGUAGUACACAUGAAAAACAUGUUAGGAAAGGCAGUCUGGGUUACUCCUGCCUCAGGCAAAGGCAAACCCAUUCGUGGGAUUGUUUUUGCCCAGGGACCUGGCAGCACCUGGUGGGUGAUGCUUAAGGAUGGAGAAGUUCGGUGUGUACCUCAAGGGGAUUUGAGUUUAGGUGAAAAUAUGCAAUACUGAACUGCAUAAUGUGAAUUGCCAUGCUAACAGUGUUUAAUAAGUGUUUUUCAGAUCAAAACAGUGAUGAUGAAACCAGAGCUAGCUUCUUCGAGUGGCGCCUGACAACUUCUUCGAAGUUGAUGUCUUUAACCCACAAACAGUGGUCAUGAGAUGCACUUGUACCAUUUUUCCUGCCCUGGGAGACUGUCGUGACAAAAUGAACUUAAUGAACUUUUCAAAGGAUGGUCCACUGAUUAAUUACUCCUGUGUAUAUAUGUGCAUAUGUGUAUAUAUAUAGUAGUAGUGAUUAAUUAGAUUAUAUUGAUAGAUUGUAUUGAUAAGGUUUAAGCAUUCAGUGAAUGGCAUAUUAUAAGGGGUGGAAUGUCCUGGUUUUGUUAAAAACAAGUUUCUCUUUCAGUGAAUUUUGUCUGUCAGCUAAAGCCUUCAUAUUAACUGCAUUUUCCUGGAGCACCAGACACAUGUUUUGGUAAACCUAUCAAUGGAAUGCAAACUUAAUGAUAAGCACAGAUGGACAUCUCGCGAGAGGGGCGACGAGAAGAAAGAGACCAAGAAACUGACCAACUGGGUAUAACAUUCCAUUCACGUGAAUACUUCAUGUAUAAGUGGGAGAUCACGAGGAUCUCGUGUUGCUUUUCCCUUUUCCCCUUCUGCUUAUGGCCGACAUUAGGAGAGGACCUUGCUAGUCGUCCCUGCAAACUGAGGCCUAGUGAGAGACUGAAUUCAGCUCCGAUUGGCUGCAGAGUCUAAUCCAGGACUUUGGGUGCCAGCUCUGCAGUUGCUGAGACUUUCAAGAUUGAAAAUUGAGAAAGUCGAAGAAGUGCUAUCAAAUAUUUAGAAUACACGUGGAGAAAAGAAGCCAGGGUAGAUAUUUCAUUUAUAAUAACAUUCAUGUGGUCAGAAUGACUGAAAAAUUACAACCCAAAAAGGAGCCACAAUCUUAGUGGGAAUGGCCUUCAUUUUGAAAAGUAUUUGAGGACAGCUGCAUCUGUUGAACAGGCACUUAAAGCAUGUCUCCAAAUGAUAGGUAUGCAGCAGUCUGCAAGUUGCCUAGUGGAUGAAGACAUGCUUCCUGUGCAUUUAAGGCUUUUCAGAAGACUUAGCAGGAAUGAGGUGAUCAAUCUCACUGCAACCCUUACAACAGGUGUGACAGACUGGGGUACUUACCCUCAAUUCCUCUGAGCACUUUGAAGAAACUAUUACAUUCGUCAAACGACAAAAAGAAUCACCUUAGAGAGUCAAUUGAGAGACAUCAAAAACAACUGGAAAUUCUGCAGUCCCAGGCCCUGAAGCAUUGCAGCCUGUGUACCCUUCUGCCCCAGCCCCAGCAGCCGGAGCCUGCCGUGGUGUUUGGGUUUGUGCCUGGUCUUCAGCCAUAAGGGGCUACACCUCCGCAAGGAUGGGUCUCUGGUAUCCUGGCGUGCUCUGGGACACAAGUCCAUCUGUUGGCAUUUCCUUCUGAAAGUGGAACCUCUUCCACAUGAGAGAUUUCAGAGUGGAAGAAAUGCAUUAAACCCAGCCUUUCAACACCGUUCUGUGGAAAUGCAAAACUACCUGAAGUCCAGAAGUACAGCUAUCUGAAAUGCCACCAGUGUCAGCCUUCACAGUCAGACUUUUUGCAGGUUGUUUCCCUCCACUGUACCAGGGCAAAGCUUCACUACAAGCCAUGGUCCUUUGUAAAGGUGCCCUGAGUGACCAGAACAUGACUUUCCUGGCCUUGGUGCUUUGGAAAUCUUCAUCACUGCCCCUGGAGGAGACCAUGCUGGACUGGGUGGACAUGCCCUAAAGGAGCUGCAGCCCAUGGAGAUCCCACACCGAAGCAGGUUUAUUCUGAAGGACUGCAGCCCGUGCGAAGGACCUGCAAUGGAGAAGGGGAAAAGCGCACGAAGUCAACCCACCAUAAUAAUUUCCAGCAGAAAGUGGUACACUUCAGAAUCACAAAAUCAUUUCAGCUGGAAGAAACCCUCAGGAUCAUUGAGUCCAACCAUAACCUAACCCGACUCUAGCAGGGAGUGCAAGGAGCGCAAGAGUCACUCUUGUUCAGUGGAUAUUGUAUUCUCUAAGAAAAUGGAAGUUUGGAAUGGAUUAAAGACUUUCUUAAAAUGCCAGCUUAUGAAAGCUUAUGGAAGAUCAGUCGAGGUCUCUAUUUCCACUGAAGUAUAAUGGCUGAGAAGAAGAACCUACCUGGUUUCACAAACAGAAUGUGUAACCUGCACUUUUUAAGCUAGAAAGAUCUAUUCCUGAAAUUAAACUUUCAAACAGCUUUAGAACCCAAAUCAGUUUUGGUGGGGUUUUUUUCCCUUUUAUAUUUUUUUCAAAUUUUGAUUCCAAGACAGAAUCCAGGUUUUCAGGGUUUAGAGUUCAAGUGGUUUGCUCUUAACAGUGAAUGCUGAUAUGCUGACCUAUUAUAUGAUGAUAAAAAUAGUUUAAAACUGAAAAAAAAAAUGUCUGGAAACAGUAAUAUUUACUUUCUAAACACUACGAGAUUUCCUGUGCCUUUAUUUUAACUUCAUGUCCUGAUUAAGCAUAUACAUUCCCUUUCUAAAAGCACCGAAGCUGAGCAUUCCUACUCAUACAGUGCAACUUAGUGAAGAGUAAAUUCUCUAAAGUGUUUUUGUCAGUUUUUCAGGCUGAAACACAGAGGAAUACUCUUUGUCAAUACUCAGUGAAAAAAACAAACCACACUUGAAUAAGUGUUGCAACUACCAACAUUUUUUCAUAUCUUAAAGUUUGUCAACCGUUACAGCAGUCAGGAAAUAUCUUUGAGAUUGCUGUGGCAGCGUGAGACAACCUUACAGCACAGUCAGUGCUUCAUAGCACAGUGGUGAUGAAAUUCCUUUUGAGGAAUAUAAACUACAAAAGGUUGAAAGAUUUCCCCACAUCUUUCUUUAAAGUUAAAUUCCAUGCUGGUUUUAUUUUUGUGUAUUGCCUCUCAGGAUCUCAUACCAAACGCUGAUAGUAAGAUAAAAAGAUAUCAGUUUGCUUUUUGUUUUCUUUCUUUGUCCUGUUCUGUUAACAGAUCUUGCUUUCAACUAUUUGGGGUUCUGACAGAAAAACAGGAGGGAGAAAACAAAACUUACAAGUUUUUUUCAGCCUGACAUCAAUAAUGAAAAAAACUGGCAUUGUGGCUGUCAAGAGGCCGGCAAAGGUUCAGAUAAAACUUUCUGGAUAUGCUAUAAAGUUACCGUACUCACCUGAGUCAGUUCUGCACCAGUUGCUGUUGACGAGACGUGACCCAUAGAAAUACCUUACAGGCCAUUGUUUCCAUGUCCUCUGUUAUGGGUUAUUAACCACAACAUGUUAUUAGCUAGUAAUUCUCUACAUGCAGAUGAAUAUUUAUAUUAGUUCUCAGUAGAAAUAUAUUUUAAAUGGAGUGCAGGGUUGUCUCUAUCCAGGAUAUAAAACAAAAGAGUUUCUUUAGAUUUGAAAGACUAUUUCAAUCCACUAAAAAAAAAAAAAUAGCUGUUCCUCACUUGCAUCUACAAAGCAGAGUAUUCUAGAAACUGCAGCAAAGCUAUGAGUUGCAAACACAGCUGUUCAAGGAAAAUUUAGUAGCCUGAGGGGAAAAAGGGCAGAAUUACUAAAGCACCUUCAGAGGGUAAAUUACAUUUAAUUUCAAGUAUUUCUAGUUAUUGAACAAACACAGAAAAAUGUGGCCUGUCAUGGGCUUCCAGUUAGUUGCAUGUCCAUCUAUAAUCACAGAUACAUAUAGAUAGCAUAGAUGUCCAUCUAUGGAUUAUUUGUAGCCUGGGAGACAUGCCCUGGUGCGCUGCAGCUGAAUCUGCUCCCAUUUCCCACUGAGUCCCUCUGCACCCAGGUGCUCAGAGGGAACAUGAUGCUUUGUGUGCUGUGAAUUCCUGUGCCCGUUCACAUAGCACUAACCUCGCUGUUUAGAUAAUCCCAGACUCUACUCCAGCAAGGACUAACAGAUUAGAUGCAACUACUGCUGUCAAAUCAAAUUACGACUUAUUUAUUGAAAGUAAGAUUUCUUUUCAAGGCUAGUGGUGGUGCUAAGCAUGUUAUGUAUGUUCUUCAAUUUAAGUUCGUACAACCACUUUACAAAUAUUAGUUGCUAAAUUGUUUCAUUAAUACCUUUUGGAGAAUUUUAUAAUAUUUAGUAUCCUUCUGAAGGAGGAAUAAGUUUUAUUUAUCCUUUCUCUUUUUUUCCACUUAGGGUGGAGGGAAGGGGAUAGUUGCCUUUUGGGGUUUUGUUUUGUUUUUUGUUUUGUUUUUUUUUUAUGAUAAAGUCAUGUCUCUGUUGUAUAAGACUCACAGAAAAGCAGUGAUGUUGACUCAGUACUUUAUAAAGGGUUUAAGUAGCAUUAGAGUAUUACUUAAGUAAGCUUACCAACACUUCAGAAACAACUACAAAACUAACUUUAAGAGCAAUCUAACAAAGUUUAUGAGAACCACUGAAAAUUAUUUAAUAGUAAAAAAAAUAGAAAAUGAAGAAUUAUAUCUUAAUUGCCAUCUAGUAAUCUCUUCAGUGUAGGCUAUCACAACUCUUUCUGAUUUUUGUUGUCUUAUUAGCUGAUAUCAGCAGAACCAUGUUUUGCCCCUCCAUGCAUUAUGACUUUGAUAGCAGACAGAUUUAUGCAUAUGUAUUGUUUUGUCACUUAAGAAAACAGAUAUAGGACAUAACACAAUAAAAAGACACUAGUUUACAGGUUUAUUACCAUGUAGUCAGAGCUGCAUAUCUUCACAUACAAGCUUACAGUCAAAUUAAAACAGAAAGGGUCCUAGUAAGGAAGCAGUAAGCCUGUGUGAAAAAAUGAUGGGAAGAUGCAAACAGAAAUUGUAUAGAAAAAAUAAUUUACACCAAUGCUUUUUUAAAAAAUGUGCAAAUUACAAAUAAAAUGGUUUUGCCUGCAUUGUACCCAGACAUCCAUCUAAGACAGGACCUGUGAAAUAGUAUAAUUUUUUUCCAAAAUGUUUGUUCUUUGUUCAUUCAGUCUGACCAUUAUCUGGAUAAGCAUAAGCCAAUUAAACAGUCUUCGGAUCACGGCUGGUAUAUAAAAAUAGCUGUACUAGUCAGGUCAAAAGUAUUUCUGGUCCACUUUCUUGUCUCUGGCAAUAGCCAGGAGCAUGUGUCUAGGGAACAGAUACCCCUCAGUCACCUUCCCUGCUUGCAGUAGUCAGUGGCCACUCAAUCAAAUAACUAGUUUAAUAAAUGGGUUUAAUGGGCUUUUUGAACUCAUAUUUACUUUUUGCCUCCAUACCACCUUGUGAUAAUCAGUUCCACAGGAUAAUUACACAAAUGUUCUUUGUUUAAAGAAAUCUGAGUGAUCCUUUCUC